AUGAAGAUAUCGCUACGCUAUCUCGGUCAGCCUGGAUAUCAGCAAGGUAUUGGUCAGGAACUUGGUGUUAGUCAAGCAACGGUAUCUCGGUCUGUGGAUGGAGUUGUGAACAGCAUAGUUGCACAGUCGAACGAAUGGAUCAAGUUUCCAACUACCAACCAUGAGUAUAUCAACCGAAAAGGGAAACCUACUUUAAAUGUGCAAGCCACUUGUGAUUCCAGAGAGAUGCUCACAAGUGUUGAUGUCAGUUGGCCUGGAUCAUUGCAUGAUUCCAGAAUAUGGAGAAAUUCACUAGAUCACAACUAA